AUGAAACACGAAAGUGGACUGCGCAAGCGAAAGAAUAAUCACCCUUCGGAAAAGAUGGAAAACCAUUCUGUGAGCCAGGAGAGUUCCCCCGAAAACAGUGUGCAAGAGGGAAAAGAAACUCUCUACACGAUCAAGAAGUCGUUUUGGGGAAGAGUACAGGAUGUCAUCUACUCUAUUAUUGGAAAUGGGUAUGAUCUCGUCACGAAACCCCACACGGCCACUUGGUUGGUGCUGUUUAUGUUGAUCGUUAUAUACUAUACGUGCUUUAUAAAGACUCCGAGUGAUCAGGUGAAUAACAUUCGCUCGGGUGUGAUCCUUGUCUGUUUGUUCAUUAUUGUAUUUGGAGCAAACCAAUUCCAAGAAGGCCCAAUUUCGAGACCGCACCCCGUGGUCUGGAAGAUCAUUCUUGCCAUCGCCGUCCUCUACGAAUGUCUGCUUCUGUUCAUCCUGUCGCUUUCUCCGGACGAUGCCCGCCAAUUCAUGAAGUUCUUCGACUCCAAUCUGGGCACCCCGCUGACCUACCGUGAUUACGCUUCCGACUGCCGAAUCUACAUUCCAGAGAACCCGAACCACUUCAAGAACGUCAAGGACGUCUUCGGAGACAUCUUCAUCCUGGCCCACUUCCUGGGCUGGAUCUGGAAAGCGUUCAUCUUCCGCGACUGGCGCGUUCUGUGGUUCAUUUCGGUCUGGUUCGAGUGCCUGGAGGUCUCCGCGCAGCACAUCCUCCCCAACUUCCAGGAGUGCUGGUGGGACAAGAUGAUCAUGGACGUCUUCGGAUGCAAUUUCGCGGGAAUGUGCGUCGGAAUGUGGAUCAACCGCAUCCUCGCCGCCCGCGAGUACGACUGGGUCGAUUUCCGCGACAUUCCCGACAGCUACGGCCGCGCGCGCCGCUUCCUCAAGCAGUUCUCCCCCUACAAUUGGAAGGUGUACGACUGGGAUAUCUUCGGCUCCUUCAAAUCGAUGCUGCAGAUGGCCUUCGUCUGCGUGCUCUUCGAGAUCGCCGAGAUGAACGCCUUCUUCCUGAAGUCGGUGCUCUGGGUCGAGCCGGACCACUACCUGGUGACGGUGCGUCUGAUCAUCUGGGGACUGCUGUCGCUGCCGGCGGUCCGCGAGGCGUACGACUUCUUCCACGAUCCGAACAAGCACCGACUGGGGCAGAACUUCUGGACGGCGAUCUGCAUCGUGGUCACGGAGUGUCUGAUCGACUACAAGAUGGGAGAAAACAUCCUCUAUGGGCCGAAUAUCGCGCCGUUCCCGACGACCGUGAAGUGGUGCUGGGGCGUGUUCCUGGGGCUUUUCGCGCUCUGGACGCUGCUGUACUUCAUGGUAAGCGAUGGGGAGAGCGAGUAA